GCAGCAUAAGCCUAGAAGUCAUUCACUAUCGAAUUUCGCUAGUGAGUCCAGCCUUCGACGAAAUCGAAAGAUUACGUCUUUUUACUUACUUUACUUUCGCAGUAUAGAAACUCUUCUGCUUCAGACACCCAUUUACAUAUUCGCUAAAGGACAUCUUCCAACUUCUUUUUGAAACCAUUCAACACCUCCGAAGCAUCUUCACAACCCAACCAAGAUGUCGACCCUCUCCAAACCGCAGUGCAAAGAGACGGACCGUCUCCCCGUGACUGUGCUCUCCGGUUUUCUCGGUUCCGGGAAAACCACCACGUUGACCCACAUUUUGAACAAUAACGCCGGUUGUAAGAUCGCGCUGAUCGUCAACGACAUGGCGUCGGUGAACGUGGAUUCCCUGGCGAUUGACAACUUUUCGAAGGAGCAAUUGCAGAAGUCCAAAGCCAAAUCCCUGGCCGUGAUGCCGAAAAUGGUGUCGCUGCAGAACGGGUGCGUGUGCUGCACCUUGCGCGAGGAUUUGGUCGAGCAGAUCGCUGAGUUGGCGAAGGGGGACUACGACUACCUGAUCAUCGAGUCCACCGGUAUCGCGGAACCGGUCCCGGUGGCGCAGACCUUUUGCCACUCCUUACGCGAACUGGAGGACAUCAUGCGCGGAUACGACAUUGGGCACGAGCUCGGGGAAGAUGCCCAGAAGAAAGGGUGAGAGUUUUUGCUCUUUGAAAUUUGUUUGACCGUGACCGAAACAAAGCGGUUUCAUUGCAAUGGUUUAGUUUUCGUGCGCAUGUUUCUGGUUUAUGUUCCGAAGCAAACUUGAUUUUCAAAAAACCUAGUGGCCGCACGGCUUCGGACGAGGAGCGGAAGAAAGUUGCCGUUCAGGCGAUCGAACUGCAAAAGCUGACCCGCUUGGACACCAUGGUCACCCUGGUCGACGCGGCCGCGAUCUGGGACGUGUUGCAGUGCAACGAGUCCCUGCGCAAAGCAGAGUGGUCCAAGGUGGAAGCCGCCCAGGCGGCGUCUUCGCCGUCCGUUGCGGAAGAUCUGGAUCGCAGCAUCGCGGACCUGCUGAUUGCACAGAUCGAGUUUGCCAACAUGAUUUUGCUGAACAAGCGGGAUUUGUUGGUGAAGCGGAAGACUGGUGAUACGGAAAAGACGACCGACGUUGAGAUCAAAGAGGAAGACGAUUCUGAAAAGUCUUUGGAAAAGAAAACCGAGUUGAUCGAGAAUUUGGUGAAGACUUUGAACCCCGAAGCCCGCGUGCACUGGACGGAAUUCGGGAAAGUUUCCCCGGAGUGGAUUUUGGACACCAAACUGUUCGACUUCGAAAAAGCGACGGUGAACAAGGGCUGGGUGCGCGCGCUGGCCGGCGCCCCGACCCAGGGCGAGGAUGUCGCUCUGGCUUCUGCGAACAACGAUGGUCCUACCGCCCGCCAGCAGAUUUCUUCGGUGGUCUUCCGCGCGUCACGCCCCUUCCACCCGCAGCGUCUAUUCGACAUCCUCGGCGGUUUUGGUCAUUUGGCGGAGAACGUUUUUUCCGAAAAAACUGCGGAUAGUACGAAGGGUGAAGAGGAGAUGCAAACCGAAGAAGAAAAGGAGCUUGAAACUGCUAUCGCGUCCACGCCGCCGCGUCCGGCGGAAAAGCUUUCUUGCUGCGGCAUCGUGCUGAACAAAGAGGAGAUCGAAACGUGGGAGAAAGACAACGCGGAACUGCAGGCGAAGUUAGAAGCUUUGAAGCAAGCGAAGGUUAAAAAGGAAGAGGACAAUAACGAUCCGAGCCAGACGUUCAAGAACGUGUUCCGCAGCAAGGGACAGGCCUGGUUUGCGAACUGCGCGGGGCACCGCAUUAUGUGGGAGUCGGUCGGUCGCGAGUUCUACUGUGCCCCCGGUCGUCCGUUCGACAGUGCCGUUGCGGAAGCCGGUUUCGACCCCGAGGAACUGGGAUCCGCCGCGACGGCCGCUGCGUCCGGGUUCGUGAACCACGGCAAUGAUGAGAAAAUAAACGAAGAUCCGAAGGAACAGCUGCAGAAGGCUGCCGCCGGUGAGAUGAAGGAGCAGAUGGAGGAAAAUAAUUCCUGUAAGGACGAGAACUGCACGGCCUAUGCGCUCACCAUGCUGGUUGAUAACCUUGUUGUGAACAAACCGGCCCCCGAUCAGGACAACCUCGCUAUCUAUGGUUCGGAGAAAAACAGCCACCCGGUUUGGGGCGACCGCGGCACCGAGCUGGUUUUCAUCGGCGUGGCGCUCAACGAGAAAAAGAUUGUUGCGGCGCUGGAGUCCGCGCUGGUGAGCGAGGAGGAGAUGGAGCUCGCCGCGGCGGACAAAGUCAAGUACGAAGAGUGCAUUGAGAAAGUGGAGAAAGAGAAGGGCGAAGGGGCGUUCGCGGACCUCUCCAACGAGGAAGUCAUCGAAAUGACCGGUGGGUUACUGACCCGCUGGGACCGGUUCCACGACCUCGAGGAUCCGUUUUUCCGCGGGGAAGCGGCGAGGAAGUACAUGGAGUUCGAUCUCGAGGAGGAUGAGGACAUGUGGGGCGAGGAAGGUGAUGAUGAUUUAGCUUCCCAAGUCGAGAAGGAGGAGGGAGAAACGAUGCUUGCGGAGCAGGACGAGGAGAUGGAGGAUUUCCCCGCGGAGGACGACUCCGACGCUGUUUCGGCGGAGGGGGAGGCGACGAACCACAGUUACUGAAGGCCAGUUUGCCCAAGCUUUUGGUUCUGGGAAGAACAGCGCGUAUGCUGCUUCUGCUACCGCGGCAGGGGACCGCUUGGUGGCUGCAGGGGAACUCGGCAGCGGACCUGGUGGCGGGGAAGAACGAGCGGCUUCUGGCCUGCAGCGGAGAAGAACGGACUCACUGGCGGCGAAAGAACUGCGACACCGGACGACAUUUUUGCGAUGGAACCAAUUAUGGAUUACCGUGUGGGGAUCGGGAUUGGAGCCGGACACUACACAUCUGCACGACAAGGGUCGUCCCGUGUCGGACCGAUUUCGACUGAGAUUUGCGGAGUUUUGGCGGAUUGGGAUAGUACGAAACCACGACACCUAGGAUCGUUUGAUUUGCGACACCACUAAAUAUCAAAGACCACGGAACUGAAAACGAAAGAAGAUUUGAAUCGUCGACAUGCGCCGGUCGCGACAUCAAUGCCAUCGAGUUGUACCGGGUUAAGCGCAGAGAACGCAGAGUUAGCACGGACUACGUUUAUUUGUCCCACCUCCGACGGGAUCCAAGUCCAACAUUUGAUUUGCGAAUGACUAGCAGCACGUCUUACGAUAUCUCUUAUCCGAGUGGUUUGUUUUACGAAAUCGAGCGUGAAUUUCAAAUACCGAAAACCAAGACAAGUUUUGGAAUUUUAUCUAUAGCGAGAAAGUUGCUCUUCUAUCUCGUUCUCGUAAAUACUGGGAUCUUUUUACAAAAUCCAAAUGUUUGAUGAGUGGUAACAAUUCCGAUAUACGAAAAUGAAAACCUCUUUACUUUAGUCAUAUUACGGAUCAAAGUUCGAAAUAAGUUCGCGUACGUCAAUACUUGUAGGAUUCAACUAAGUACUUAACAAUUCGAAAUGAAGCACUAGCUAGAGUGGUUGGUAACGAUUUGAGAAUAUAGUCAGUGGCUUCGAAAUUUAUCAUUUUUAGAGAAGAAAGUAUAAGUGGGUGGCGAUCGUCGAUAAUAACAAUCUCACUGAAUGAGCUCAUGUCACUGAAUAUACUUUUGUUUUGACUUUAAGAGCACAUAGUCCGACACCAACAGCUUGGAAAAUAAUGCUGCGAAACAUUGAAAUGGCUUUUUCAAGUAUUUCAUUCUUUGUCAUGGUCGGACCCUGGUCAAUUUCGCAAUGCUGCCUGAAGAUCAUGAAGAGAAAAGAAGAGCACCACAACAGCGGUAAAAUUGCAGUUCAUCUGGAU